GCUGGUGCUUUCGUAGGAGGCGGUUUGGAUGUUUUUACAGAAUUGCUUCUAUUGAGCGGUAUAAGAAGUUUAAGAUAAAACUAAUGGCAUGGCAGGGAGAUCCCUGGUCACAAGCUGAUUAACAGAGGACUAUGAAGGCUAAAUAAAUCCGAAAGAACCCAUAAUCUUCAUUUGAUGGAUUGAACGGAGAGAAUAAGCGAGAAAGCGCAGCAACAGAAGAAGAAUCCCAAGUGGAGCAAGGAUGUCUGAAAUGAUGAAGGUUGAAGCAAAUGAAACUGGAGGGCUCAGCUUGGAGCCUCCCAUACCUGCAGCAUCCACAUCAGAACUGGAGGAGGAAACACAAGACAACAAAGAUCUCAUGUUACAUGAAGAUAAUCAGCAGCAAAUUGUAAUCAAAGAAGAGGUUUCCUGGAACACUAAUUUGGACCAAUGCAGUUCAGAGCCGGCUCAGAUAAAAGAGGAAACGGAGGAACUCAGGAUCAGUCAGGGGGGAAAGCAGCUUAAUGAGGAACUGGAGACAGAUAUGAAUGAAUUCCCUCUUAUGGUGGUUACUGUGAAAAGUGAAGAUGAAGAAGAAAAAGCUCAGUUCUCAGAGCUUCUUUUGGUCAAAACUGAAGAGAGCAGAGAACCAGAACUUCCGACCAGAAGGUCAACCGAACAGAUAAAACCAGAACGUGAUGAAGAGGACCGUGGAGGAUCAGAACCCUCAACAGAUCCAGAUCAACCUGGUCAUGUGCAGCCAAAGACGGAUGAAAAGGCUUUAGACUCAUCCAACUCUACUAAAACUGAAGCCAGUGAUGAUGAGUAUUGGCAGAAAUCUUCUGAUUCUGAACUUGAAACUGAAGAUGGAGACUAUAAUCCAUGUGCACCAGUGUCAGGGGGAAAAUAUGGUGCAGGAGGGAACUCUGUGAAAAUCACCUUCAGCUGUUCUGUGUGCAAUAAGCAGUUUGAUUCAAAGUUCAAUCUCAAAACACAUUUACGAGUGCAUACAGGGGAGAAACCAUACGGCUGUGACGACUGUGGGAAACGAUUUACCCAGAAUGCAAAUCUCCUGAGGCACAGGCUAGUGCACACAGGCGAGAAGCCAUUUGUCUGUGAUAUUUGUGGUAAAAAAUUUAGUCAGAGUUCAGCACUCAAAACACACAUGACUGUCCACACAGGAGAGAAGCGACUUAGCUGCUAUGUUUGUGGUAAAAGACUCGCAACAACCUCAAAUCUUAGAGCACAUGUGAGUGUCCAUACCGGAGAUAAACCAUUCAGCUGUGAUGUGUGCGGAAAAAGAUUUAACAAAAGAGCAAAUCUCCGGGCACAUAGAACACUACACACAGGAAAGAAACCAUUUAGCUGUCAUAUUUGUGAUAAAAAAUUUACUCAAAGCUCUAUUCUUAGGAGACACAUGGAUGUCCACACAGGAGAAAGACCAUACAACUGUGAAGUGUGUGGUCAAAGAUUUACUACGACUGAAAAUCUUGAGGAGCAUAUGAAAUCUCACAUCAAACCAACUGACUGUGAAGUUUGUGGUAAAAUCUUUACUAAAUCUGCAAAUCUUCUGGCACACAUGAGCACCCAUACUGGAGAGAAACCGUUUGCUUGCGAUAUUUGUGGUAAAAAAUUUACCCAGAAUUCAACUCUGAGGAGGCAUAUGAAUGUCCACACAGGAGAGAAGCUGUUUGGCUGCAGUGUUUGUGGUAAAAGGUUUACCCAGAACUCAACUCUCAGUCGACACAUGAGUGUCCACCCGGGGGAAAAGCAGUUUGGCUGUGAUGCUUGUGGUCAAAGAUUUGGUACAACAGCAGAUCUUAGAGCACACAUGAGUUCCCACGAAGGAGAAAAACCCUAUAGCUGCAAUAAUUGUGGCAAAAAAUUUGUUCGAAUCUCAAACAUGAAGAAACACACGUGCAUCCAAUUAGAGAAAUCAUCACGUUCCUGACCAGCAUGUUUAGAGUGAGUUGUUGGGCUUUUAUUAGAACGUUGUCAUGUUUCUCAUUCUGAGCCAUAUGACCUAAUAACAAAAAAAUCACAUUAUCAAUUUAUUUCAAGUGAGAUGGAGUUCUGCAUUGAAAUAGAUGAACAAAACCGCCCAGGGCUCUUUACCUUUCCUUUUAUUAAAACUGACAGUACUCUGGAUUUAAAUUUUAACCAAGAGUGUUUCAAUAGGUAUGCAAAAAAUAUACUUGGAAACUUUUAAUGUCAUAAAAAUGCUGGACUGUAUGCGCUGAAUUUGCUGCACAGAGAGCAGUUAGACCUUUAAUCUUAAAUUUUCUAAGAAAAUGUAUCUACAGUUGCGAUCAGAAAUAUUUAACCAUCUCAACUCAAAGGCCUGUGACUAUUAACCAACAAGAAAUACGUGUUGACGCAUAUAGAUUUUACUCAUUUGACUUGACCAUGUGUUGUAUAAGUUGAACACUUGUUUUCGCAGACAGGUCAAUAAUCAGUUCACUCUACCCAACGGAGUUCACAUCCAAACAUGUUAGAUUAAUAACAGGUGGGGAUGGGCUAGGAGGUUUCUGCUUACAAACUUCUAAUUAUUUAUGUUAGAGUGAUUUUUGCAACACACAUUGAUGCCUUUCUUUGUGAGGUUUCUAUGAACGUCACAACUGAAGUCGAUGAACGAUCAUUAGAUUUUCCUCUAUUUUCCAGUACAAAUACUCUAAGCUUUAGGUUUUCUGUUAAAUGUGAAACAGCAAACUUAAUUAAAUUUACACCCAAAUGCAAUAUUGUUUAUUUCCAGUGUUAUAUUAAUGAAACACUCAACUAAUAAAAAUGCUUUCCAAAGAAACAAUGACAGAUCCUUCAAAGCUUUCUGGGUUCUUCUGUAUUUGUGAUUGCAUUUGUGAAUUUGUAGGUACCUUGCAGAUUUGUUCUACCAAAACGUCUUCUGCAGCAUUCCUCUUGUCUUGAUCACAGGAACAAUAUUUCUUUUAAUCCCUUGCUCUUCUUCAUGCUUUCGUAAUGCUGCCCUAAAACUCCCUAAAUUCAACAAUUCUAUAAAUAUUUUUCUUGAACAUUUCUAGCAAGAAAGCAUCAGAACCAUUGCUGUGGUGCACCUUAUCUUUGAACUGACUUACUGUUGAGUCUGGAUCCGUUGGACUUGUUUCAUUGUAGACUCCAGUGGAGUUAAAUUAAAUUUACAUCUUGACUGAAUUACUCCUGACCUUUAGUGUGUAUUUAAUCUAUGGAUUACCAAGCAGUUUCUUCACAUUCAGAUCAGUAGGACUCCCAUGUUUUUUUCUGUGGGUUUUUAAUGUUCCCUUUGUCUUUCCUCUUGGAAAGCGGAAAAGGAGCUGAAUAAAAGGUCAGUUUCAAUUUCAGCCUGACUUAACUUCAGACACUGGAAAAAAAAUGUAUCUGUCUUUUUAUUCGGUGUACAUAUGAUUUUGACUGCAUACACAAAUAUUUGUUUGACUCAACAUUAUAGUUAAAGGAUGACACUAAAGGGCGAACAUUGAGAAGUAAAGCAAAUAGGUGUUUUCCUACUAAAAGUCCUAGAGACUUUAAAUGAUGUGGAAGCCUUGUCUGGAUCUAGCAGAAUAAAUAGAAAAACAUCAGUGGAAAGGAAGACGUCUAGAAAACCCCUUCAGUCACUGGAAUGAAUGAUGGUUGGACUUUAAUUAAUAAAUUAUAUAUUAGCAGAACAUGGAGGUUUUUGUUUGCAAAAAAGGGUAUCUGCAAGUGGAAA